AAGAAAGCAAAAAGGGGAGGCCCAAGUAUUCAUAAAGAAAGAAAAGAAAACAGUAAGUAGAAAAGGGGUGAUAUACCCCAAUUCUACGGGGGACUGAAAGGAGAGGGAGAUCAGAGCCGCCACACGCAGGAGAUGAAGGCGGGAGGACCAAACAAUGGCGGCGAAAUUUCAGUCCGAAAAUUGUACCAAGUUUUGUGGCAAUUAUAGGAGCGGCAUCGCUUGGAUAGGUCAUAUCGGGAACCAGAGAGGCACUAUGCCGCAAAGUGCUACCUACAAUUCGGCAUCUUCCUUGCAAACGGAAGCUUUGGCUGCACUACGAGCUUUAUCAUGGGCGUGUGAUGAAGGUUACAACCACAUAAAGCUUUGCACAGCCUCCCAUACAUUGGUGCAAGCUCUCCAGUCAGGCGGUCCUCCAUUGAUUUCAAUCAGCUGGACUGUAGGAAGUAUUCUCAACGUAGCUAAUAGCUUUGCCUCAUGUCUGGUGGUUCAUGUUCCAAAAGCACAAGUUGUCGAGGCUCGUGCUUUAGCGUAUAGAUGUAGGGAUAGUACUUUUAGGUUUUAAGGGCUCGUUGUUUUUUAUUUCUCUUGUAAGUUUUUCCGAUGUGAAAAAAAAAAAAGGAAAGCACGACAGAAACCUAGUAAGCACACCAAGUUUGAAUACCUUGAUAACGUUUUACGAGAGCUCAGGGAUUUAAUAAGAUAUAUAAGUAUGAACACUAA